UAACCUCACUUCUUGACAUCGCAGACAUUUAAACGUCACCAAUAAUGUUUUGAAAACAAACUUGUUUCUUUUGCGAAAAAAUGAGUGAAGCAGCCCUUGCAGACUCAACUUCCUACGCGGACAUUGAGCGACAAUGUCAGGAGGAGUUGAAGAAGCUAAAAGUCGAUGAGGAUACCUUACUAGCAGACCUAAAUGCCAUGUUAAACCAGAGAACGUACAUUGAGGACAAAAUCAAAGGCUUGUCCCGUCUAAUACCUACUCUGAAGGUGAUGAAACAUGAAGCUGAAGAGCUAGUGAGCACAAUAAACGGCAUAUCAGAGAGUUCUGAGAAGAUUAGCAGCAAAAUUCGCCAACUGGACUCUGCAAGGGGGCAUGUGGACGAAUGUCUGGUACGAGUUAAUGACCUGAUUGACUUGGAAAUAUGCUCGCAAGGCGUCCAGCAGGCAAUUCUAGAUCUGGACUACGAAAAGGGGGCCGCUCAUGUCCACAGAUUCCUAUCCAUGGAUCAGUCUCUGCUGAAGAAAACCGCCAACGACAUGAACAACAUGUCGAACAUGCUAAAAUCAGUCAGAACUUUGCAGGAAGCCGCUGCUCAACUUCGGGCCAUAGUGGCACACAAAUUUAACGAAGCAGUUGAGAGCGAAGACUUGGGUUCCGUUGAGAGGUUUUUCAAAGUAUUUCCUUUACUAGGAAUGCACGAAGAAGGCAUAAAGAACUUCUGCACCUUCUUAAGAACAAAAGUGGCUCUAACAGCCGAUAAAAACCUGAAAUCGGCCAUCAGCACCUCUUUAGCAGACAAGCGUUAUGCGAUUGUCUAUGCUGAUACCCUAACGCUGCUCUUUGAGGGUUUGGCUCGAGUGAUUGACACUCAUCAGCCCCUACUUGAGACAUAUUAUGGCCCUGGCAGGCUCCUAUCUGCCGUGAGUAUUCUCCAACAAGAGUGUGAUAAGCAAGUGAAGCGAGUGGUGCAAGAAUGGAGCAAAACAAGGCAGAUUCAAAAGAAGAUACAGCAAAUUUCUGAACACUCCAGAAUUACUUCAAGUGCCAGCGGGAGCAAGCUGGAAAAAAGUGAUCCUAAAGAUUUGGAUAUACUUAUUGGCGAGAUUUCUCUAAUGCACUUUAGGUGCGAAUUGUAUAUCAAAUUUAUUGAGAGAAAGGCUUUGGCUGAUAUGGAGAUCGGCAUCUCUGAAGCUGAGCAGAAAAACAAACUGUCCAAAGUUCUAGAGCAGCUGAUUCUAAACAGCGAACUUAGCCAAUCAAAACAUGAGCUGUUGUCCCAUUAUUUAAGACUGGAGCAGUAUUUUAUGGAAGAGUCUGUGGCUAAAGCUGUAAAUAUUGACACGGUGGAACUCUCAUUCCAGACUUCCAGUAUGGUAGACGACACCUUUUUCAUCGUACGAAAGUGUAUCAGAAGGUCGAUUUCCACUGGAAGCUUGGACGGAAUUUGCGUGACCAUCAACAACGCCUGCCGGGUUCUUGAAAAUGAUUAUUGCGACGUUUUGAAGGCUCGCCUGAAGCAAGGCUACCCAUCUGGCUAUCUGGAUCUAACUCAAGCCUACAACGUGCUGCAGAACUCCAUCCAGCAAGGCCGACUGCAACCAGGAGACACUGAACAAUCGCGAACAGCCUUUAUAGUUGCCCUGAAUAACGCAGACAGUAGUACUGAGUACAUAACGGCCUUAGUGGACAGUAUUAUUAAGGAGAUUGAAGGCGCUUGUCCUAAUAUGAACAGUAAGGAAAGGGGCAAGUUGGAAAGCUGCCUCUCUGGAAUUUCGGCGGUCAGCGCCAGACUGGCCGAGGUUAUUGAGUAUGGCAUCCAGCAGCUGAAGAGCACCGCUAUAAAGCCGCGAAUUAACCCUUGGAUGGACACUUUUUUGAAUUUCAGCCAUCAACUAACCGAGGAUGAAUUGUCUGCCUAUGAAGCAGGCGAGUCCUUCGUGCAGACUUUGAUUAUGAACUUGGAGACUUUGCUGUCCUCAUUUAGGGACAUUUUGACGUCCAACAACUACGACCACUUUAUAAAAGUGCUCACGCUUGAAGUCACCCAGCGAUUUGAGAAAGUCGUUAUGAAAACCCAGUUCAAUCGGUUGGGCGGAUUAGUGCUGGAUAAGGAAGUGCGAUCGCUGGCCGGGUAUAUCACUUCGGGCACUUAUUGGUCAGCUCGCGACCAGUUCGCCAGGUUGACCCAAAUCGCCACCAUCCUCAACUUCGAUCAGAUUGAGGAGAUUAAUGAUUACUGGGGUAAUGCGGAUGACGCCAUUACCUGGCGGUUAACACCCACAGAGGUGAAAACUGUUCUAAAUCUCCGGAGUGACUUUCGAUCGGAGGACAUCAAACGAUUACGUCUAUAAGUUCAAUCAAAUUGCAUCAGUGGAGGAUAUUGUUAUCGCCUUAAUAAUCCCUAUUACAAUCGAUACUUAAGGUAUGAAUCAUAUGCAUAUUUGGAAAUACCGUCACGAAUAAACGGAGUUGUUUGUUAA